AUGGCAUCUUCACCUAACCUAGUCAAGGAACUCAGGCCUGUAACUUCGACAACCACCAGACGGUAUGGAAAGUUGCUCUGGGUGGAUGCAUAUCACACUACAACUGCACCUGGGUUGCGACUUCGUACCAGCACUCAGUCCAAGUGGCUCUCUUGUAUCCACCCAGAAGGCCAACUGUAUUUUCACAUGAAAUGUGGCCAUUUGUCGGUUGUUACAGAGGAGAACGUAUUGAAUAUUGAAACGGACAAUCUAGUGUCCAGCUAUCUGGCAGUAAUCGAAAAAAGGAUCGUCGAGUGCGGCAUCAUAUUGCCACAGACAUGCGAGCUCUUCAUCGAGCUUCGGUUUGACGAACCACCGCAAACGACUACAUGUGCAUAUUAUUUCGUGGAUCAUCAUAGCCGCUGCCUCUUCUGGCUCGAGCCCACGUCGUCGGAACUGCUUGACAUGGGCAUGUUGGUGUCUGACUCACACUUGGAUACUGCACUGGAAAGACUGUACUGGGUGCAUGUCGAGUUUUUCCCGAUGCACGUCUGUGCACAGAUGACGCCACUCAUCUUGGACAACUUGAUCAGUGUCAUCUGUCACGGCAUGACAGAUCGUAUGACGUCGCGCACUUCCACAUUCCCAUAUACGGAAGAAAAAUGCGAUCAACUUCUGCGAGCGUUAUCCUUGCGACGAGGCGAACCAUUGGAUGGUUAUACACUAUGUUUUGUUGCUCGUCUUUGGGGUGCAAUCAAUAAUCAACGAUUCAUGACGUACUAUGGUCAAGAAAAUGCCCAACUGGACAGAUUACAUCCACCCAUGCCAGAAGACAUAGUUGAUCACCCCGGGAUGCGUGCACUGGCAAACAUGAUGUUGUGGGGGAUCCCUAACCACCACCACUCCAAGCUUCAUGACCUAAUGGAGAGGGUUGAUUGUGUGGGCAUUUUCGGUCCUGAUGUCAUGCCAGCAGUUCUCAUUUCGAUGCUACCCCGUGCUUCGAUGUCAUCUGCUAUAGCACCAAUUCUUGCAGCAUCCUCAAGUAUCCUGUCUGGAUCAAUCCUACUCUUGAGACACCAUGGUUUCGAAGAUGCAACCGCCUCGUUUGCUGCGACCUUCCUCCGUGCAGCAAAAUCAUCUGAUUGGGGCUUCCUGCCCUUAUCUGUUAUAUACAGCAUGCCAAAAGCGAUGUACUUAUGGAGCAUAGGACUUAUGGUCGCUCAAUUCAUAUUUUGGGCCUCCCGCGUGGUUGGCGUCUUGUGGGCGUCAUGUGGAGCUGCCUUCCUAGCGCUAAUGGGUUAUGGCAUCUUCCAUUUCACAUCUUUGGAGGAUGGUCACUCCGAUCCCAUGGCCACCAUGCUGCGCAGCCAUUGGCAAACAUUCCAAAGUGGUUCCGCGGAAGCCGCUGAAACUUCGGCAGUUUGA